GUGCAUUCUUCCAUCGAUCAAUUACCUCAAACUGGCCUGUCAUUGAUAUCUUAGUUAUGACUGCGAACUAACGCAUCAAGGACGCCACAACCAGUAGAGCGAAACUAAGGACAGGCAUUGUCAUGUUAAGGAAGCGUACCCAAAAUGGGCGUUCUACCAGGUUCAGUUCGAGUACAUGGGUCACCGCGAUGUCAAAUUGCCGGUCCGUCUCCUUCAGCCAUUCCAGCGCCUCUUCGGAUGAGCGAUGCUCCUCAAACACCAUCUUGUAAUGCUCGCGCUCCAGUAUCUUGCCCAUAUCGUUCACGGCCCUCAAAAACCUCUCCGUCUUCGCAACCCCGUUGGCCAGGCCUUUUUAGAGCUCCUUCAGUAGCAAUCGCUGUCGAUGGUUAUGAGGUGCCCAUCCUAAGGCUUGAGCCUUAUUUACAGUGAUCCGCUUGGUCAUGACGGUUUGUUCCCAUAAUCCAAGCCCCCCAUCCUGCUGUUCCAGGCCAUGAAACAACUUUUCGGCUACCUCCUUCAGGAAGCGGUG